CCGGAGGGCGGUGGGGAAGGUUUAACCGGGGGACGUGGAGUGAACUCUGACACCGUGAUGUGACUAUUGUUUUGAUAUGGUUUUCGUUACCAAGUAUCAGCCGUAACGUUCACUGAAAUUAUUAAUAGCUUCACAAAACAUAUGUUAAUCAAUCGAGGAACAUAGAGUUAAAUCAACCAUGAACUGUCAUGUGCGAAAUCCUUGUUUGUUGACUAACGUUAUAAAGGAUGCUGUUAGCUGAAUGGCUAACGUAGCGGUGUUGACAGCCUACUAUGGAGAUCAACGUGAAGUGAGGGACAGGGCAGCAGAUCGUUGUUUGUCCGGGUUUUCGGUCUCCCUACCUGCGUAGUAAAUAUUACCACUUUCCAAAAAGUGUUAUACUACACGUGCUAAAAGGAACCAUACCCGUACACCAAACCAUCUCGAUGGGUGAAGAAAAGCCGGACACGUUGGAUUUUGUGAAAGAUUUCCAAGAGUAUCUCAGCCAGCAGACUCAACAUGUGAACAUGAUCUCCGGGUCUGUGAGCGGCGUCAAGGAGGUGGACGACGUUCCAGCUGGUAACUACUGCGGUCAAAAUGGCCUGGACCACCCCUCUACGGAUAUGUCGCUGGUCGACAGCUCAGGGAUACUGGUGGACGGCUUUGAGAGGACGUACGACGGAAAGCUCAAGUGUCGCUACUGCAACUAUGCCACUCGAGGAACGGCCCGACUCAUCGAGCACAUCCGCAUUCAUACAGGGGAGAAGCCUCACCGCUGCCACCUGUGCCCGUUUGCCUCCGCCUACGAGCGCCACCUGGAGGCCCAUAUGCGCUCCCACACGGGGGAGAAGCCCUACAAGUGUGAGCUGUGCUCGUUCCGCUGCAGCGACCGCAGCAACCUGUCCCACCACCGCCGCCGCCGCCACAAGCUGCUGCCCAUGAAGGGCGCCCGCUCGCUGGCCCACAAGAAGAUGCUCAGUGUGCUGCAGAAGAAGAGCAGCGCGCUGGGCUACGGCCGGCGCCUGCUCAUCAACUUCAGCCCCCCUUCCAUGGCAGCGCACAAGGCGGACAGCAUGAGCGACUUCCCCCACGGACUGCCCCACAUACGGCAGGAGGCCUUCGACGACCAGGGCGGGGCGCCCGAGGACAGAAGCUCCAGGGACGACGAGCUCCACCACCACCACCUCCAUCAACACCACCAGGAUCUGGUCAUGGACAACCCCCUGAACCAGCUAUCGACGCUGGCCGGUCAGUUGGCCAGCCUUCCGGCGCACGUCCACUCCCAGACAGCCCAGCCCCCCGGGUCGCCCCGGGCCCGGUCUCCGGUGGACGAGAAGCCCUUCCUCGUACAGCAGCCCGACCCCGCCGACACGCCCCCUGCGACGACCUUGGCCAACACGUCGCACGCCUCGUCUCCCACGGCCCCGGACCCCAGGCUCCCCCCUCUCCCUCCGAGCGAGGGCAGCCCCGUGGCGGGGCCGUGCAGCGAGGGCAGCGGCCGCACCAGCACCCCCAGCGUCGGCAACAGCCAGCCCAGCACCCCGGCCCCGGGCCUGCCCGCCGCGCCCCAGGAGCGCGGCGCGCAGCACCACUGCCAACACUGUGACAUAGCCUUCCCCGACAACAUCCUCUACACCAUACACAUGGGCUGCCACGGCUACGAGAACGCCUUCCAGUGCAACAUCUGUGGCCACAGCUGCAUCAACAAGUACGACUUUGCGUGCCACUUUGCCCGGGGGCAGCAUAAGCAGCCGUGAUGCUUAUGAACACCACAAAAAAUGAAGAAAA